ACGCGAGCGGUGGGAGUCAACAAGCCCAUUCCCAAUAAAUAAGUCCAUUUUGCUUUCUUAAGGAGGAUGCAGAUGAAAUAAUAAAAGUGUCUAUUCCACAACAUGCGGUGGCAGAUAGAAUGGUGUGGGCAAAUUCGAGCAAUGGGGUGUAUACUGCUAAACAUGCCUAUCAUUUCUGUUUUGCUCUUGACUGUUGGAAUCAUGUUGGCUUGAUGUACGACUGGACUCAAACAGAGUUUGCUCCAGAGUGGCUAAUUCAUAAGCUUAGCACGGCAACAAACGAGGAGAAAACUAAAAUCUGUGUGGUACUAUGGGGUAUCUGGCAUUGGAGGAAUAAGAAAGUAUGGGAUGGGAAGAUAGUUACACCGAGUUUUGCUAUGGACAGCAGCUUUAAUAUGCUCUCAGAAUGGACACAUGCGAGGAAGAAACAGGAAAAUAAUAACCAAGGGAGUGUAGAGGAUAGCAAUGCAAGUCGGAAAGCAAGAUCAAAGUGGCAACUACCUGCAGCUGGGGUGCUUAAAAUGAAUGUCGAUGCUUCUGUUUAUCCAGGAACCAAUGCUUUCUCCGUUGGAAUGGUGUUAAUUAAGGAAUAGUGAAGGUGUUUUUAUGGCAGCAAAGAAUUACAGGUUCUUGGGUGAGGUUGAUGUAUUUGAAGCGGAAGCUGUUGGCGUCCGGGAAGCUCUCUCGUGGAUCAAAGAAUUGCAAAAGCAGGAUGAAGAAAUCAUACUGGAGUCGGAUUCUCAGCUUACGGUCAGUGGCGGAUACACAGGGGUCAGGUGGGGGCCCCUGACCCCACUUGAAUUUUUAUAAAAAAAAACCCUACUUUUUUAUGUAUAAAAAAAUCAGAAUUGUAAUAUAAAAUGGGGCCAAUAAAGAUGAUAUGGGGCCAAAAAAUUCAAGCCCGGGCCAAGAAAAGUAAACACAAAAUAAUAGCAAGUCAUUUGUGCUCACAGGUGCAGAGUGAUGAAGACAAGACUGAAGAUAUUAAUUUUGCUACCUAUCAUAUUUAAAAAAAAUUGGACCCCACUUGGCUCGGACCCUGGAUCCGCCGCUGCUUACGGUCAAGGCCAUUCAAAGUCAAAGCAUGAAUUACUUGGAGGUUGGUGACGUAAUUGAGAGUUGCAGACAAUUACUUGUUAGCUUGCCUAAGGUCUCAGUUGUUUUUAUCCGGAAAAAUGCAAACAGGGUAGCACAUGAGGUCGCUAGAAUCCCUUGUUUAGCAAAUUCCUAUAAUGUAUUCACGUCUCCUCCUACGUGUUUGUUGGAGGCUCUUUCCUUUGAUGUUUCGUUUUGAUUGAAAUGAAUCAGUUAUUUUCAAAAAAAAAAAAAAAAAAAAACACCAUAAUGAUGGAGCCAAAAGUUUCACAACCUCUUGAACCUUAUCCUGCUCCUUUCAAGCCAAUUAAUGGGGAGAUCGUUUACAGCCAAGAAUUCAUCGACUUGCUUUCGACAUUGCCUAAAGAGAAGGAUUCUUUCGGAGUCGACAUUUAUCAAUACAAUGGUUUCUGGUGGCCUGAAGUAGCUGUGCAUUGCAUGAUCGAGUCUCUAAAUUAUUUUCAACCUCGCAAAAACGAUGUCUUCCUUGCAACUGCUCCUAAAUCUGGCACCACCUGGUUGAAAGCUAUUGUCUAUACUUUACUCAACCGCCAAGUCCACCAUCCUCAAGAUCCUCACCACCCCUUGCUAACAACAAAUCCCCAUCAGCUUGUUCCUUUUCUUGAACUACUUGAGCACUCUGAAUACGAAACCUUAUCCAACUCUUCGGAGAGCAGCACUAGGAUCUUCGGGAGCCAUUUGCCAGCGGCUAGUCUUCCUAAAUCCGUAACAGAAGAGAAUGAGUCAUUUAAUUGUAAGAUAGUGUAUUUGUGCAGGGAUAUCAAGGACACGUUUGUUUCCUUCUUUCACUUUGUCAUCAAGCAUGUUGAUCCGUCCUCCACUUCUUUGGAAAAGGUCUUCGAUUUAUACAGUAGAGGACUCAACGGAGCUGGACCCGUUUGGGAUCAAAUCAUGGGAUAUUGGAAGGAAAGCUUGGAGAGGCCAGACAAGGUGUUGUUUAUCAAGUAUGAAGACAUGAAACGCGAGCCUCGUAUUCAGGCGAGGCGUCUUGCGCUCUUUCUAGGGAAGCCCUUGUCCGAAGAGGAAGAAAAUUCAGGUAUGCUCGAUCAAAUCAUAAGUUUGUGUAGCUUCGAUCAUAUGAAGAAUCUUGAGGUUAGUAAGAGCGGGACAACUAGGCAUGGUAUAAAGAAUAACACUUUUUACCGGAGUGGCCAAGUCGGAGAUUGGAAGAAUUAUUUGACUGCGGGAAUGGCUGCUAAAUUGGAUCAUAUUACUCGAGAGAAGUUUCGAGGUUCAGGAUUAUCUCUCUGAAAUGCCGUCAUUAUAUAUGCUGCUGCUUAUUCUAGUUAUUCUGUUGAUAGUAUAUUCAAAUUGUUCUCUACAAUUACUAAUUCAUAUGCGUGGACGAGUGUGGAUUGAUUGGCGUACCGUUGUAACCGCAACAAUAUUGUACUCGUAGUUAUAAUAAUUUUGUGUUCGUUGUUAUGGCCUUGAA